ACCAAGGUCUCAUUAGUCUAAAAGUUAGGGAAUAUGAUAGAAAAAAACAAAGUAGAGCUCAUUGCCCCUGCCCAAUAAAAGCUUCCACCCAACUCCAUAUCCCAUUCUUAUCAUCAUCUUCCUUCUUGCCUCCUUCCUAUCCUCUCUCUCUCUCUCUUUACUCUUUCUUCCUCUCUUUGUUCACCAACUUGUUCAUCAUCUUCUUGAAAUUAUAUAUAUAUAUAAGAUCAAAUAUACGAUCAUCAGCAAGUGAAGUAAAUAGAAGGAAGAGAAAGGUGGAGCGAAGGCAUGGUAAGAGGCCUCUAGUUAUUUCAGAUGAGCAAGAAGAGAAAGAAGAAGAAGAGCAGCAAAAGCUCUCUAGAUUUUCAUCAGCACGUGCGGAUCAGGAUGCUUCGGCCAUGGUCUCAGCUUUAGCUCAUGUUAUAAGUAGUAGCCAAACAGCUGGAGGAAUUAGAUCAGGAGAAGAAGGAUCAUCAGUUGGAGAAGAAGUACAAGCAACAACACUUCCACUGCCACCUUCAUCACUCCCAGUUGGUACUAUUGUAUCUCAUCAUAUGGAACCUACUCAACCUUUAGAAGAUCAAGGGAACGUGAGAAGAAGGCACUAUAGAGGGGUGAGACAAAGGCCAUGGGGCAAAUGGGCAGCAGAGAUAAGAGAUCCAAAGAAGGCAGCACGUGUAUGGCUUGGCACCUUUGACACUGCUGAAGGUGCAGCCAUUGCUUAUGAUGAAGCUGCCCUUAAAUUUAAGGGCACUAAGGCCAAGCUCAACUUCCCUGAGAGAGUUCAAGGGAGGACUGAUCUUGGUUUCUUAGUCAGUAAAGAUAUACCACAAAGAACAAUACAAGAACAACCAAUCCAACCACCAUCUUCAUUUCCAGACCUUCUCCAAUAUGCACAGCUUCUCCAAAGUAGUGGAGAUGAAGACCUUCACAAUGUGGCUUCUAGCCUUUCUUUCUUCUCAUCAGGAUCAUCCCAAACAUCUCAUUCAUCUCAAGAGUAUAUCCACUUUGGUAGCUCUACUUCUUCAACUUCUUGGCCUCAUGAAGAUCAACAACAUCAAAAGGACAAGGACAAGGACGUCUCAUGAAGUGCAAUGCAUGGCAUCUCCUCAUCACAAUCUCUCUAUCUCUUUUCCUUUCUAUCCUUCGCUAUAGAUAUUAUGCAAGAGCAGAAGAAGAAGAAGAAGAAGAAGAAGAAGAAAGAAAGAAAGAAAGAAAGAAAGAAUAUAUCAAUGCCGUGUAUACUUUUUUAUCUUUAUUUUCGUUUGUUUGUUUGUUUGUUUGAACUGUUUGUUCAGCGGCGCAUUUCUUUUUUCUUUUUCAUGAAAUGCAUGCAUCUUGCAACAUGUUUGUUCAAAGGAUAUAUUCUUUCCUUGCGUUCUCCAUGUUACAUAAAGUAUACUUACAUUGCAUGUUCAAUUAGAAACAACACUACUAUUAUAUGAA